ACCGUCAUGAUAUCAUAGAAGAAGAAGCAGAAGAAGACGGCUGCUUCUGUACUGCUUCCCAUUUGCGCAGUUUCAAAAACAUGACUUUAUCGAGAUGAAUUAGUGAAAUUGAAUAAGACGGAGAAAAGCAAGCAUGUCAAUGGUUGGUUGGUAGUGUGACCUCCCUGCAGGUGUCAUCACAUGAGGGACCAGCUAGCCUGUCUUACUGCGUUCUACACAGAUUCUGUCUCUGGAGAAAUUGGAGGGAGACACAAACGUUGGUAGUAACAGAUCUACCUCCUCUGAAUCCAGGGAAAUGUUUUGCCCUGGGGGGAAAAAGCGAUUGACUGAACAAAGGAAAGUUGCUGCCUCCCAUGUGGGAAAACUCCGCAGUAAGUUAAAAGCCAUCCUGAAGAAAAAGUACAAAAGUCCGCCAGGGGGGGAAACCGAGCAUCCAUUUUAUAUUCAUUGUGAUCUCCACUAUCAAGCUGGUAAAAAUAGUGAAGAGAACCAACAUGAGUAUAUUCUAUCUGAGCCAGGUUACAGGAGAAGACAUCAAGGAACAUGUUCAUUCCUAAACUCAGAUGAGCCUAUCAGAACAGCUCUGACGAAGGGCGUCGCUGGUAUUGGCAAAACUAGCCAUGUGCGAAUGAUGAUUCUUAACUGGGCAGAGGGAAAAGGAGACCAGGAAGUCCAACUCAUAUUUCCCCUUCCUUUCCGGGAGCUGAAUUUGCUGAAGGAGAGACUGAGUCUGGUUGAACUUCUUUAUGAGUUUUUCCCAGAAUUGAAAGAACCUGGAAUUUACAAAUUGGACAACUGCAGAGUUGGGUUCUUUCUUGACGGGCUGGAUGAAUUUCGACGUCCUCUCGACUUCAAGAACAGCCCGAUAGUGACCGAUCUCACAGAGCCCUCCUCCGUGCCAGCACUGCUGACAAACCUUAUUAACGGUAACCUUCUUCCCUCCGUCGCUCACAUAUGGAUUACAUCCAGACCUGCGGCAGUCCAUCGCAUCCCUCUUCAGUACAUUGACAGAGUGUCAGAAAUCGAAGGCUUCACCGACUCCCAGAAAGAGGAGUUCUUCAGGAGAGCAAUCAAUGACGAGAACCAGGCCACAGCAGUUAUCACCUACUUGCAGAACUCGAAGGCCCUCUACAACUUGUGCCAGAUACCUUUUAUCUGUUCAAUCUCAGCGUCAAUCCUCGAGAAACAGACAUAUGUACCCGACAAAACAUGCGAACCUGUCGCACUAACUCCAUUAUUUAACGACCUACUCAUCCUGUUACAAAUGGGGAACCACAAUGUAAAGAUAGUUGACGAAUUGGGGGAACUAGCCUUUAAGCAGUUGGUGAAAGGCAACACGGUUUUCUACGAGGAAGACCUACGAGAGUGCAACAUUGAUGUCGAAGUGGCAGCUGUGUACGCAAAAGUAAGCAUACCCAUCUUCAGGGAGGAUAUUGGGCUGCACCAAAAGAAGAUCUACUACUUUGGGCAUACCACCAUUCAGGAGUUCUUUGCCGCAAUGCGGUUUCUUCAAUCUUUUGGCAGCCAAGAGGAAAACCAGGCUGUCAACCGGAAAACCCAGAUUGAGAGAACUCUCUGGUUUUUUGGAGAUGCCACCCAACUCAAGAGCGCGGUGGACAUGACUUUGCGGAGCAAGACCGGACACAUGGACCUCUUCCUUCGCUUCCUCUUUGGCAUUGCUCAGAACUUUAACCAGAUGUUCUCCGAGGCUGGCUUCACACCGUCUACUGCCCUUCCGGAAAUGUUAGUGUACAUCAAGAAGAAGGUCUUGGAGAAUCCCACUUCGCCGAGGACUUUCAACCUGCUGAACUGCCUGAGGGAACUGAAAGACUACUCUCUAGACAACGAUAGUGUGCAAUUUCUCCAGACGGGAAUCCCCCCAGAUGCCAAAUAUCCACCUGCACAUUGGUCCGACCUGGCCACUCUCUUUUUGGCAUCGUUGUCUGGGUCGAUAGACAUGCUUGGGUUGGAUGUAGAGAACAGAGGAGACGAGGAACUUCUGAGGAUGCUGCCAGUGAUCAAAGCUUCCCACACCGCCACGCUGUCGUAUCACAACCUGACUGAGAAAUCCUGUGAAUGUCUGGCCUCGGCGCUCACCUCAAAGGUGUCCAAUCUGAAAACUCUGGACCUGAGUUUCAACACGCUGAAGGACUCAGGAGUGCAGCUGUUGGCGGCCGGCUUGGCCAAGCCACACUGCCGACUGGAGAGACUGAAACUGUCCGGCUGCAGGGUGAAACAGAAUGGCUUUGCAGCUCUGGCCAAAGCUCUCAAAUCCAACCCCUCGCACCUGCGAGAGCUGGAUCUGAGCGGCAACGAACCGGAAGAAUCGGGGGUGUUUCAUCUCGUUGACGGACUGAAGGUUGUUAAGUGCGAACUGCAGAUCCUGAAGCUCUCAAACUGCAAGCUGGGCCUGGAGCUUAGUCGCGCUCUGGCGGUGUUGCUGAUAGACAACCCCAGACACCUGCGAGAGCUGGACGUCAGCAUGAACGACCUGGGAGACCGGGGGGUGAAGAUGCUCAUGGACAUACUGAAGUCAACCCAGAUAUACAAACUGGAGUUGUACUGUUGUCAGCUCACUGAGAAAUGCUGUGAGAACAUGAUUAGGUGUCUGGUGAACAUCCCCAGUCUGAGGGAGCUCAACCUGAGCAACAAUAACCUGAAGGACGAGGGGGUCAAGAUGCUCUGCAAAGCCUUCGGAGUGCCUGUCUGUCAACUGGAGAAACUCAAUCUGGCGAGCUGUGGCUUCACGUCUGAAGGCUGUCGCUGUCUGGUUGGAGCGUGUAGUUUCAGCCCCACCUUCCUCAAAGAGCUGGAUAUCAGCAGGAACCACCUGGGAUCAGGUGUUGUCGUGUUUUUCCUGUUCCUCAAAAGUGUACGCUUUUCACUGGAGACCCUACGACUGAGUGACUGUAAGAUGACAGAGCUAUGCUGUCCAGAGCUGGUCGAAGCUCUCCGCUCCAGUCUCACCAUCCUGAAAGAGCUGGAUCUAUCUGGAAACGAACUGGGAGACAGCGGUGUAAAAACACUCUGCAUGGGACUGACCUCAACAACCUGUAAACUGGAGAGACUGUUUCUGAGAUGCUGUGGGAUCACAGUAAAGGGCUGCUCCUCCCUAGCCGUAGCCCUGAAGUCCAGCUGCUCCAAAAUCACAGAGCUGGGCCUGAUGGGAAACGACACGGGAGAAGAAGGACUGAGAAUUCUCUCCGGCAUUAGGGAUGACCCACACUACAAACUACAGACUCUAGAAAUAAACGAUUGAGAGUGGCCUUGCUCGCCGGAGGUGGUUCUUGGCUCGACCUCUUCCCAAAUCUGGAGUGAAGAUACGAAAAGAUUGGCUAACAAGUUAUGACAAAGUACUUUCAGCUCGACAGUAAGCACUUGACGUGCUUUGAGCCAACUGGACUUGUUCACCAACUUUUGACCAUUUGUAAAAGUGCCUUCCAGUAUCCUGGCUGCUCACACUUGAACGGAAGACCAGAGAGUAUUUACCUAGAAACAGAUAGUGAGGCUGAAAUGACACACACUGUUACUAACUCCGUUACUCUGGUCUUGCUACAGUAUCGACUCAUUUAACUUUUGCAGAAGCUUUACAGUAUUGUUUUGCACAUCGGUAUGUACAUGAUAGAAUGCAUCGCCUCUGUAACGGGCGCCUCUGCUCAAACACACGUGACCGGCCUCUUGACAACGUCUUAGCCAACUACGGUAGCGUAAAGCUAUCAGUUUGGUGGAGUGAGGUUACGUUAUAAGCGUCUCUGAGGGAUGAUGCAAUGUUUUCAUUUUAACACUGGUACAGGUCCUUGGUAGCAUAGUAUUGUUUUUCAAUUUUUAAAAAACAUUUUAUUUCUCGUUGAAAGUGCUUUUUUUUAAAUAUAUAUUAAGAUGACCAAAUGUUUCGGAAAUGUAUACAGUAGUACAACUCUUGGUUUGUUUACUAUUGUUAUGUACAUUUUACCCAAAUAUACCUAGCUACUUCUAUUGGUCAUAAUUGUGUUUUUUUAAAUGUACUAAUGGGAGGUUUUAACUUCAGAACCUUUCCAACUUUGGUCACAUGUUUCAGGUCUGGUCUCCAGAUCUGUUUGCACCUACUGCAACAGUCUGGUUGACGCUGUAUUUCAAGGUAAACAAGUGCGUUUAGAGUAGUGUGAUUGUGAGGGACACAGUUCUCUACUAUUUGUCGUCUCUGCUGGUGUGUACAGUAUGUCUGUUUGAGUGUGCUUAUAUGUGUUUGUGUGUAAAUGUAUACCAAAUUCACAGCUGUUUGACAAUCAUAUGUAUCAUGUUCACAAAUUGGUACAAUGUUACACAUUGAUGGUGUGGUCUGAUUCUCUGAUUAUGGUACAUCACCACCACCUGGUGGCGAAAAACGUGAUUUCUCCACUGGGGUUAAACUAAUGACGGAUGUGAAGCCAAUACCGGCAGCACCCACUACUGGGUCCCUAAUAAUAAACCAGACAGCAUCUUUUGCUACACGA